AUGGAACAAAAAUUGCAAUAUGAAAAAGAUGACAUGAACACAUUUAGUAAGGUUUUGGGUCUUUGUUACUUGAAAACCACUGCUUUUUUGUUUUUAUUAGAAGCUCGAUUUGAAGAACUUGUUUGCAAAGAAAGUCUUGAAAUUGUUCCAAAAUACUUUUUGUAUUCAAAACGAUUUCAAAUGGGAUCCAAAAUACAAAUAUUCGACCUUUUCAACCAUGUGUUGAGUUUUUAUGUCGACUAUGUACCUAAGGAUGAACCUGUCACCACUUUGACACCAUACAGACCAACAAUUUCGGUCCCUCUAACAAAUUGGAAAGCCGUUAAGGUUCUUGCUGCAGAGGAAGCAACUUCCAAACCAAAAUAUUCUGGGCGUUUGAGACAGAACAAAAAAGUAGUUGCCGCGGUUGAAGAAGAGCACGCAGACCGAUUUACAUACAUUGUCAAGUCACAGACAUUUAUUAAGAACGUUUCGAAAGAAGAGUUGCAUGUCAUUACUAAGCUUCUGUCCUUGGACACAUACACCAUAUACCUUCCCAAGAUUUUGAAAAUUUACCGAAAUGGCGACGUUGAAUUUGAAUUGCUGACUGCGAUUCAUAUCCACAAUGAGGAAGAUCUUCUAGCUCUAACGAUUGAUGUUUGUAAGGCACUCAAGUUUUUACACAAAAUGAACAUCGUUCAUCGUGACGUCAAGCCCUCAAACAUUAUGCUAAGACGAUUCGAUCAUCCCAAAAACUAUUAUUGGUUUGUGCUUAUUGAUUUUGGUUUAAGCUUUCAUUUUGAAAGAACAGACCAUGGACUUGUCGACUCUUAUUCACACUCUCUUGCCACCGAAAAUGCUGGAACACACCUAUUUAAGGCUCCAGAAGUGAUUGCAAUGGAGGCAUAUGAUGAAAGGAUUGAUAUUUUCUCAUUAGGAUCCACUAUUCUCUCCCUAACGGAUCAGAAACGGUUUUUAACAACAAGAGCGAAGCAAGGAAAUCUUCAAGACAUGGUAGGGCAGUUAAAUUGGAAAUAUCCAACGUUUAAACAUGUGGUAUUCGACAUGCUUUCAGAAAAAUCCGAAGACAGACCGUCUGCAUCAACCAUUGUGGACCUGUUGACCCCAGUCGCGCUCGAUUGUGAAAAAUACUGUUGA